AUGGGAAUUUUCCAAAAAGGGGCACGUGGCUUGCCCCCGUUCCGCUUGGAUCUCGGCUCGUUGCUGCCCCAAGGUCGAAGUGAAGGCUCCUCGAAUACCCCACAGCACUCUCCGAACGCCCCGGAGCAAGGCUCAAAUGCCCCCGAUCACAGGAUCCAGCCCAUGGCCUCGCCUGCUUAUGAGAGUGUGCACAUGUGGAACAUUCUUCCCUCGUACCAGCUCUACGAGGCGACUUUUUCGAAGAAGGUCACUCCAGACGAAGAUUGCGACAGAGAUCCUCCGACAUAUGAGGUUUCCUCUCCCGGGUCUGCCGAUGGCCAGGACUAUUUUACACACCCGGGCGCUCCACGGUGGGAAAACAGCAUCUUGGCUAAUGUGCACCGAUUGAAACGCCUUGCAACUUUCAAUGCAGACCUUGCGGCUCAGUUGAAAGUACAGGUUCAACUCACAGCAGAGCCAGGCGCAAGGGGAGUAGCCCCGCAACUUUUUGAUGGCGAGAAGUCAGAGUUAGCGCAGGGCGACCAGGUUCAUGGGUUUGUGACUGUGCAGAAUGUGUCCAGCCAAUCCCUUCCGUUUGACAUGUUCUCUGUUGUCCUUGAGGGAAAAAUAUCUAUGCUAGGAAGCGAGGACAAACAAGCCAUGGUCUAUAAAUUCUUGAACAUGUUUGAUUACCGCGCGUCAUGGACCCCGGCGUUCGUGGACGAGACUAUUACUGUUGAGUGUGUUGAUCCAGUAGAUGGAACUCGCUUGUCAUUCCCAAUGGAAAAGUACUUCGAGCCUGGAGUCACAUACAAGAAGUUUUUCACCUUUACAUUACCUCCCAAACUCUUGGACUGUUGCUGCGAGGACCAUAACCUCUCGUGCCAUUGUGAGUUGUUGCCUACCAUAGGUUUGGAUAAGGAAAUGUUUUUGCAGCGUUUGCGGCGAGCAAGGGAGAAGCCCUCUACUGCUCAUAGUCAACCGCGCCUCCGAGACUACGGAUUUUCUGAUACGGCAAUCAGUUACUGUGUAGAGGCCCGUGUGGUGGGAAAGCUCUCUGACUAUGGUUUACCUGUUGACCACGAAGAGUUUAUGAUUGCUGGUCUGGCAAGUGCUCCGGUGAGAGUGAUACCUCACAGUUUCUCUAUGAGCGAAGAGGAGGACCGUGUUGCCUACAACUACUACAAGACCUUCGUGAGGGAAAUAAAGGAUAGCAUCAAAAGGGGUCAGGAAAUGGUGAAUGGAACACGAAAGGAUGACGCGACUCGUCGGUCAUCGGUCGUAAAGCGUAAUCAGCUCUACCACAGAAACACGGGAGAAGCGCCAGAUAUAGGAGAGCAUCAGAUAUUCUUGCCCUACAAACGGAAGACGCUCACACAGCCACUGAAAAUAGUGGGAAUGCUUUCAGCAUCGACACCACGGAUCCGCUAUUCGGUGCCAUACGUCUCUCCACUACAGCGUGUGACGCCUGAACAAAUGGCCAGUUUGAAAUUGAAUAUCCCUGUCAUGCUUUCGUUCAAGAGCAGCGAGGAAAAGGGAACAGUGCCCGAGAUCAGAGGUGUGUCGGCGGAACUAGUUGUAACCACAGUAAGGUCUAAAAAAUAUCCAAUUCCAUUGGAACUCUCCCUGGAGAUGUUUUUCGAAAACAAGCUAGGUGCUGAUAGCAUUCAGGAAACAGUGCGGACUCCCUUUGCAUCGUUUUUAACCAACAUUUCGUCACUUUCAGAGAAGAUACCCCUUGAACAAUUCGACAUCUCAGCGCAAACGGUCAAAGACAUCAAGUGUUUGGCAAAACUUGGAAUUAAAACCAACAAUCUCAAGAUAUCUGGGAUCCAGGCCGUAUCUGCUGGAGGGCUUCUGAAAUGGAACCAAAAGAACGACAAAUAUUCCAAACGCAUUGAUGUAGCAAUGGAUUUGGGGUCGCUUUUCAAAUUAGAUUCGCGUGGAGAUCGUGGUCUGGAGUUGGAGUGUCUAGUGCCAACAUUCCAGAGCUGUUUUGCUUGCCGAUACUACUUUAUCGUGAUGAACAUAAAGUUGCAAAGUGGAGAAUCGCUUCCAAUAAAAGUGGCAUUGGACAUUGAAAACAGAUCACACAAUAUAAUUGUAUGA